UCAUUCUUCCAUACUAAGCAAUAAAAACCCUAAAACCGUUUCUUUGAAACAUCUUAGAAUUUUGUCCGAAUUCUAUUUGUUGUUUUAUUUUCCUUAUCCUUUCUAUAUACGGUCCUCUUUUGUAUACAUUUUAUAUUCUGGUGAAAAUAAUUAUAAAAAAAAACUUAUUUUUCUUGAGAGUUUCGGGUCCUGUAAAGGCCGGAUGAAGAACAAAGCUAAAGCCUUGCUGAAGCAAAUCUUCACGACGCUGAGUUCGAUGGCGAAGGCCAAAUCGCAGGCCAUCAAGAACAAAUCUAACGCCUUCAAGACACGUGUCCUCAUGUUGUCUCUCGUGGAAAACAAGAACCUGGGGCUCGGUUCGAUCUCCAACAAGAUUCACAGUCUCCUCAGCCACAACGAAGAUCAAGAUCAAGAACACGGCGACGACAGUAACAAGGCCAUCAUCCUCUACAACGCAGCACCGCCGUGCUCCAGCACCAGCGGAGCCAUGGAUGGUCAUGGUCAUGAUGAUGGCGAUGGUAAGUAUCCUGACUUGAGGCAUACGUUAUUCGACAUAGAGGACGAGUUUCGUGAUUUGGAGGAAGCGGAUGGAGGAGGGUCGAUCAUAGAGAUGGUGAAGAAUUCAAAGGAGGGAGAAGGAGAGAGUUUUAGCCUUGAAAACGAGAUCGAUCACGUGGCCGAUUUGUUCAUCUCGAGGUUUCACAAGCAGAUAAGGUUGCAGAAGCUCUUGUCUUUCAAGAGGAACCAAGAAAUGCUCAACCGUAACGCCUAAAAACAUAAUAUUAUUGCAUGCACAUGGACCAUGGAAUAUUCGA